GGAUGGAGCUUUUUCAUAAUUCUGCAAUCCACAAGAAUAUACUUUUCAUCAUCUUUCACCUAUUCUACCUCCAAAUCUCAAUAUUCUUGCUAGAAAAAAUCCACCUACUUCUAAAAGACAGGCAACUACAAGUCUCCACCUCCUUCUAGGAGAAAUAAGAAAUGAUGAUUUUGUUCCAUUUUGUCCUUAGUCCUUGUCUCCUCAGAUUUCUUGAAAACUCUAUCUAAUGUGAUUUAGAUAAAAUCAGCCUGUUUUGGAGUGGAAAACCAGGAUGGAUUCUCCAGGAUGUCUCUGGUUCCUGAAUAGACAAACCACAGAAAAUUGAUUCUUUAAGUUCCUUUCCUGCCAGGGGUGGUCAAAGAAGCCAGACCUCUGAAACGCGCUCUGUGUAGCUGCGCCUGCAGCUCGGUGUUUCCCAAGCACCAGGAGCCAUCGGAAUAGGACCCCAUCUCCAGGAAAGGAAAUGGGCCUCUGGUGGGCAAGAGGUGGGGAAUUCCUCAAGCUGAGACUGCCCACCAAACUCCAGCAGAGGUCCCACUGCCACCAAGCCCCUGUCCAUGGUCCCUCCUGGCAUCCUGGCUCCCAGGAGCCCCGGGACUCAGCUUCUCCAUUCUCCGGCGUAAAAAGGGGCUUACUGAAGUGUCCAGCCAAAUAACUUACAGUCACUUAUGGCUUAAAAUCGAGUCCCAUCUGGUUCAAAGAAUUCUCAGGGCUUUCUUCUAUUACAGGAUAGGCCUAGUUUAUCACAUGCCAAGCAUUGUUCUAAGCACUUUACCCAAGAGCGCUCACAACAUUAUCUAAUCCCUACUAACGCCUACAACAUACCUAUCUACUAUUAUUUUCCCUAUUUACAGAUUGGAAAAGUCAGGCACAGGGAGGUUAAGCAAUUUACCAAGAUCACCCAGCCAGUUAGUGAGUGGUAAAGCCAGGAUUACACAGGUCACCUGGCUCCCUGUAUAUCUAGCCACUGUGCUUGACUGUGGAUGGGGGCUGGGAAGAAACAAGAAGGGAGAAAGAAGAAGAGAAUGCGGUCCCUGAAGCCAGAGACUAGAGAGUUUCUGAACGUGGAGAGCAGCAUAAGCCUGAUUGCCAGAGAAGCAGCCAUAGAACGUAGAGUGAAUCCUCUGAAGAUACACAGGUCGCCACUGGCGUGAGACGUGGCUACUGCCGAGGGUCGGGAUGGCUAGAGACGCCCCGUCUGCAGCGGACAAGACGGGGCUCCUGACCGUGAAGGUGGAGGAGGAGGAAGCCUCCGCCUUGACGGUGGAGCUGAGCGCACCCGGCAGCCCUGCUGGGGGCCCCGAGCGCUCCCGCCAGCACUUCCGAGGCUUCCGCUUCCCGGAGGCUGCGGGCCCCCGCGAGGCGCUGAGCCGGCUCCGAGAGCUCUGCAGACAGUGGCUGCAGCCUGAGAUGCACAGCAAGGAGCAGAUCCUGGAGCUGCUGGUGCUGGAGCAGUUCCUGACCAUCCUGCCGGGGAACGUGCAGAGCUGGGUGCGGGAGCAGCAUCCAGAGAGCGGGGAGGAGGUGGUGCUGCUGCUGGAGUAUUUGGAGAGGCAGCUGGAGGAGCCGGCGCCGCAGGUUCCAGUUGGUCACCAGGGGCAAGAACUGCUCUGUUGCAAGAUGGCACUAUUGACACAAACGCAAAGGUCUCAGAGUAGCCAAUGCCAGCCAAUGAAGGCUCUGUUCAAGCAUGAAUCUCUGGGAUCCCAGCCCUUACAAGACCGAGUUCUCCAGGUUCCUGGGCUUGCCCAGGGAGGGCACUGCAGAGAAGAUGCAAUGGUAGCUUCCAGGCUCACUCCAGGGCCCCAGGGGUUGCUGAAAAUGGAAGAUGUGGCCCUGGCCCUCUCUCCUGGGUGGACACAGCUGGAUUCAUCUCAGGUGAACCUCUACAGAGAUGAAAAGCAGGAGAACCAUGGCAGCCUGGUCUCCCUUGGUGGUGAAAUACAGACUCAGAGCAGGGACUUGCCUCCAGCCGAGGAGCUUCCAGAAAAGGAGCAUGGGAAGAUAUCGUGCCACCUGAGUGAAGACAUUGUCCAGAUUCCUACAUGUGCAGAAGCUGCUGAACAGGAGGGCAGGUUACAAAGGAAGCAGAAAAAUGCCACAGGAGGGAGGCGGCACAUCUGCCAUGAAUGUGGAAAGAGUUUUGCUCAAAGUUCAGGCCUGACUAAACACAGGAGAAUCCACACUGGUGAGAAGCCCUAUGAAUGUGAAGACUGUGGGAAGACCUUCAUUGGGAGCUCUGCCCUCGUCAUUCAUCAGAGAGUCCACACUGGUGAGAAGCCAUAUGAGUGUGAAGAAUGUGGUAAGGUCUUCAGUCACAGCUCAAACCUUAUCAAACACCAGAGAACCCACACUGGGGAGAAGCCCUACGAGUGUGAUGACUGUGGAAAGGCUUUCAGUCAGAGCUGCAGCCUCCUUGAACAUCACAAAAUCCACACUGGGGAGAAGCCAUAUCAGUGCAAUAUGUGCGGCAAAGCCUUUAGGCGGAACUCACAUCUCCUGAGACAUCAGAGGAUUCAUGGUGAUAAAAAUUUUCAGAAUCCUGAGCGUAGAAUGUCCUGGGAAGGUCAGGGUAGGACAGAAAGCCAGUGGGAAAAUGUUGAGGCUCCCGUGUCUUAUAAAUGUAAUGAAUGUGACAGAAGUUUCACACGGAAUCGAAGUCUUAUUGAACAUCAAAAAAUCCACACUGGUGAGAAACCCUAUCAGUGUGACACAUGUGGAAAAGGUUUCACUCGAACUUCAUACCUUGUUCAACAUCAGAGAAGCCAUGUAGGGAAAAAAAUUCUUUCCCAGUGACCCACGGUAUUCAGGCCAACAUUGGUGCUCAUUUGUCUUUGAACGGAGGCCGCCCUGGAGCCCUUCAUGCUUACAGAAGUUGUUUAGCAUGCACAUCAUCAGGUAUUGGAAAAUGUGGUCUGGUUGACAUGAUGAGUUCGCGCCCACAUUCUGUAAAGUGACUGGAAGAAGUCAUUUGAUAGGAGGCCAUAGAGAGUCGUCUGGAAGUUGUAGACUCACCCAGUGGAUUUAAAUGGCCUUCUGGACUGGCUAACGGCCCUCAGCCAGCACUUUAUGACAUCUGCUUGGAUGGCCCUGAUCUGGGGGGCUACUGCUCUGACCAUUUAUUUUGCCUCUAAUGAAUCUUUCACAGCUUGUUCAGAUCCAUGAGGUCUUUUACUCCCCAUUGUGCCUUGUAUAUAGGUGCUAAUAUACAUUUAUUAAAUGUACCAGUAAAAUGACCUUUGUAGCUGUGAAAAUCUUGUGUUGUCUAGAUUUCUGAAAAAUUUCUAACUUACGCCCCUUGUGUUUAUGUACUGUUCUCUGAAGUUCUAGAUUCUGGGUCAAUCUAGUGUAUUUGUUGCCACAUAUGUACUGUUUUCAGAAUUGGGGUGGGGAAUCCAUAUUUCUUCACCAUGAUAGUACAGAUGGGAAGAACGCCUUAAACAGCUUCUUUGUCAUUAAGACAUGUGAGGCGGUUCCACAGAACUCCACUCUUUAGCCUAUGUUAAUUUUGCUAGUGUUUAGGGGGAACUCUUUCACAUUCAGGUCAAUAAAAAUCAACUUACCAAGUUAGAUCAAAAUGAUUAUGAAUUUUGAACACAUUCUGUAACACUUACCAUCUUGUUUCUGACCGUUUCAUUAUCUUGGGCCUAAGUGCUGAGAUGUCAUCUGUGUCCCUCUUCCCCAACUUAUACCUGACUGUGCAUCGAGACUUAUGCCAGCUAAGCUUAAACUUUCUCCAGGUCAGAAGAUGCAUACCAAAUAUUUAUGAUUAUUAAUCAUGGUUUCAAAAGUGCCCUGUCAGUUGGGGUAGGAAGACCAGGUCAGAGGCAGCUUAUGAAGAUAGAAACUCACAUGUGAGUGGUAGGAGAAAAUGUAUCUCUUCAGGCCAGGUGCCAUUGCUCAUGCCUAGGGGAGACUAAGGCGGGUGGAUGACAUGAAGUCAGAAGUUUGAGACAGCAUGAUCAAUACGGUGAAACCCCAUCUCCACAAAAAAUACAAAAAUUAGCCAGGCAUGGUGGCACAUGCCUGUAAUUCCUGCUACUUGGUAGGAGAAUCACUUGAACCUGGGAGGUGGAGAUUGCAGUGAGCCGAGAUCGUGCCACUGCCCUCCAGGCUGGUGACAGAGUGACUGAGACUCUGUCUCAAAAAGUUAAGAAAAGAAAGAAAACGUAUCCAUUCAGAAACACAUUGAGGAUCCUAGGUAUCUGAUGAAAAGGACUGUAUAAUAUCCAGGGUGUCCAUAUGUGAUGUCAAGACUCAAUGCUGAGUUACUCACAAGGAAUAAGAAUUUUUUGAUAUUUUUUGUUUUCCCCCAAAUCACCUGCGUGCUUAAAAGACUGAUUUCUGAAGUGCUCAAGUGCCUACUAGCGUCUUCCAGCACUGCCGGACUGUCGUGAAUGGACUCUGCUUCUGACGAAAUCCCUGGCUACAUUUCACUCGGUCAUCAGCCUGGUGUUCUUGUCUAUUCUCAAUUACCCUUUCCGGAUUCCUGCUCUGAAAUACCACAGACUGGCCAGAGACUUUCAAAACCAUACCGCUCUCCCUUUAUUAAUUCCUAUAAUCUUUUCUUGCCUUCACUGGCUCCUUUUCAAUCUAACUGAAAACUUCUUUAGCUUUCCAAAGCUCUGUAGACUUUCUCUACUCAAUCUUUUCUAGCCUUUAAAAAUUUUUUAAAUCAACCCUAUGUUAUUUCCACAAAGCUAGCCAUUUCCUUUUCUCUCCUUUCAUUUUUAAUUUUUCUCACUAUUUGCUAAUACCUCUGAUCUUACACAAUUUAAACUCAUUAGAGACAACUCUAUUCACUUUUCUGUUACAUUUGUUUCUGACGUUACAUGAAGAGAUACAUGUGAAAGCUUUUUAUAACCCGGAAAGCAUUACACAAAUACAGCUUCUAAGAUUAACUAAGGACCACUGUGCCUCCUUCCACUCCUGUGCCUCCAAGCCUAAGUCUUCUCUGUAGAGGAGGAAACUACCGUAGAAAAAUACUUUUCAGUGUCUGCUAUGCCAGAUGAGAUGAAAUAACGCCUGUGUGUGUGCGUGUGUGUGAGUGUGUGUAUGUACACACACGCACACACCCACACACACUUGAGCUUAGGCCUUAAGUACAAUCAGGUUGGUAAGACUUGCAGUGAUAAAUGCCUUAUGAGUAUAAAAUGAGGCUUGUGGAAGUUCAGAGGAGGAAAAGGAUGCUUCAGGUGUGGAAGCUGUUAUUAUUACAUGCACAGGGUGACGUGUUAGAAAGCUAAAAAGACUCACAACGUUGUCAAAUUUAGUAAAUAAAGCAAGUUGGAAGAGAUAGGUACACUGCAGGGGUCUUCAGUGCCAGAGCAAAAACUUCAAAUUUUAUUCAGUAAUCACGGGGGAGCCACUGAUAUUUUGUAAUCAAAAUAUUAUGUAGGAAACUUUAUCUGGUAUAUAAUUUCAAAUAAGAAAAUCAUUUUGUUUACAGUCUUUUAGAUACCCCACUUUAUUUAAAACAAAGGUAUGUGUUUAUAAAUAGGUGAAUUAUAAAAUGGGUUUAUCUGUAGCCUACUGAAAAGGAUGGCCAAAAAAGUUAUUUUCCAAUGAAAUUAGAUCCAGUAAAAUAAACGGCUUAGUUAAGAUAUAAGCAGUAUAUAAAGCAUAAUAACAUCCCACUUUUCAUGCUUUCUUAAAUUGUUUGUAGGAAUGUUGGUGGUGACUAGUCUGCCAUUCUCUUUCCUUUCUGUAACCGAAGCAGUGUAGAAAUCCUCUAUUUUCUUUUUUCUCCCUUUGCCUGGGUAGGAACUGGUUAUAGCAUUUUUUUUUCUACUUUAAUAAAAUGAAUGGUUACAAUGACAAAAGUUUUUGAUGAAUAGUGCUCUUGGAUAUGUUCUUAAUUUUGGCAAAGAUAUAUGUAAUUCUGCAAAAGAGUUUUUCUGUCUCUUCCUUUAGUGAAAAAAAAAAAGGAAAAAGGCCGACAUACCUCACAGGAUUCCAAGGAUCCGCUGAUACAAACAAGAAGUGCUGUGUAAAAACCCUGACAAUGUUGCUGAGAGAAGUGGAGAUUGAGCACUUUGUUAAUGGAAACCUCCAUGUGAUGGAAUUAUAACUGCUUAAUAAAAAGACUAUAUUUUAAAAGUCCUGUAA